AUGCUCGCAUCAGAGAAUGCAAAUAAGGACCAGACUCUCCAUCAACCAAUCCAUGGACCAGACGAACUUAACGCAAGCCCUCAUUCCCUGCUAUGGGCGGCGUUUGCAUGCGAGUGGCCUCGCCACUUUCGCAUUGCGCCGACGGCAGACAGAGACCCUGCGGGGCUGCCCUCCGGGCUCUCACUCGAGAGGCUUGUGGGCUCGAUGCCAGACAGUUCCAAUGCUCAGGGGCCCGGCUCAAAUUUUGCAGCCAUCAGCACCUGUGAAGUUGUGGGCCAAAGCAGUAAACUACGACCCGCUAAGACCAAAUUUUCGUCCGGCGCCGCCCACUCGGCCGUCUCCUCCGCAGCAUUGCGGGAACGGCUUUCUUCAGAACUCCAGGGGGGAUCCCACACCGCGAUUGGAGAAAACGGGGAGGUCGAGGCAUCCGACCAAACGAUCCAGCCCAUCAGGUUUGAGGCCGACAACAAAGCCAAAACAUUAACGGUCAUGGGCACCGAGACCGGCGUGCAGGGCGAAGGUUACUACAAAUGCUCCUGGAACAAUGACAAGGACCCCAACGCUAACAGGCCUUGGUGUCACAGUUGUACUGCUGUCUUGGAUACCUAAACUAUGGUUCCAUGGAUCCCGUUUGUUUUACUCUGUGUCUAUUCCAUAUCACUACCAGUGCCUGUGCCUGUGGAUGACAGAGCAUUUGACUUGCCAAAU